UGGAUUAUAACAAGACUUUAAUGUAUUUCUUUGUGAAACACGCAUGUGGAUUUAUUUUUGCAAUAUAUUUAUUUUCAAAUUCCCCGGGUGUUUCAACAUAACUAACUCGAAUUGAAACGUGUGGAAAUAUUUUGCCAUCCUACGUUUAGUGAAUACAUAAAAUGGGAGAUGACAGGGAGCUGCUUGAGGCUUCUCAGUUUAUCAAAGAUCGUCUGUAUUUUGCUACACUUAGAAGCAAACCCAAAAGCACAGUCAACACACAUUUCUUCUGUACAGAUGAGGAGUUUAUUUAUGAAAAUUUUUAUGCAGAUUUCGGACCCCUCAAUCUGGCAAUCCUCUACAGAUAUUGCUGCAAACUGAACAAAAAACUAAAGUCUUUCACUUUAUCUAGAAAGCGUAUCAUCCACUACACCAGUUAUGAUCAACGAAAAAGAGCCAAUGCUGCUUUUCUUAUUGGUGCUUAUGCAGUAAUCUACUUAAAGAGAACUCCAGAGGAAGUGUAUCGGGCUUUGAUUACAGGAACAAAUGUGUCAUACCUGCCCUUUAGGGAUGCUGCUUUUGGGAACUGCACAUAUAAUUUAUCCAUUUUAGACUGUUUACAUGGUAUCCGCAAGGCCCUACAGCAUGGGUUCUUUAACUUUGAGAACUUUGAUGUUGAAGAAUAUGAACAUUAUGAGCGUGUUGAAAAUGGUGACUUUAACUGGAUUGUUCCAGGAAAGUUAUUGGCUUUCAGUGGACCUCAUCCCGAGAGCAAAAUUGAGAAUGGUUACCCUGUUCAUGCUCCAGAAGAUUACUUCCCCUACUUCUGCCAGCACAACGUCACAGACGUUGUGCGCCUGAACAAAAAAAUCUAUGAAGGCCGGCGCUUCGCAGAUGCUGGGUUUGAGCAUCACGACUUGUUCUUCGUAGAUGGCACCACGCCUAGUGAUCUGAUCAUAAGACGCUUUUUGCACAUCUGUGAAAGUGCCAAGGGUGCUGUGGCGGUCCACUGCAAAGCUGGACUUGGUAGGACAGGGACACUGAUAGGCUGCUACCUGAUGAAACAUUAUCGUUUCUCAGCACCUGAGGCUAUUGCCUGGAUACGGAUCUGCAGGCCUGGCUCUAUCAUCGGACCGCAGCAGCAAUUUCUCGAACAGAAACAACACAGUAUGUGGGUACAAGGUGACCUUUAUCGUUCAAUGCAAAAACAACAGCAGCUAAGGCAAAGCCGGCAACAGGACAGAGACAUGUCCCAUCUCAUCUCCAGCAUGGAUGACAUUUCCAUCGACAGUACCCGUAUUCAGCCACAGAUUGUGAAUGAGAAUGACUUCAGAGAAGAGGAAAUUAUUCAAACUCAAGGAGACAAACUACUAGCCUUAAAGGGCCAACGCCAUCCCAGAUCUUCCAUCACAGCCCAUAGUGGAAAACAUCCAGUUCCAGGUACCAUUUCCCCUCCAAAACCUUCCAAAACUCCUCUCUUUCUCUCCUCCUCGCCUGCACAGCGAAGACUAGCACGUAGUCCUUCCUACUCUGCUGGCAACCUUAAAAGCUUCAGCCCACGAUUAGCUCACUCACUUGGAAACCUUUAUGAUGAAAAUAACUUCCACGAAGAUGACAACAGCACACCUCCUUCUUUCUUCCCUCCUUCGCCAUCUCUUGCCCUAACCCAGUGCUCCCCAGCUCCUCCAUCAGGGUUAAGCUUUGGCUACCCCACUGCUGACACCAGACUCCCUCCUUCCCAUCUAAACUACAACCAAGAGGCCGACACUAAUCUCAACAGCCUCAAUGGAGUUAGCACCAUUAACGCUAGCCGGGCAGUCAGGCCUGUAAACAGGACUGGCUAUAAUCUGUUCUCCAGUAACCGCCCGAACCCGCGUAGAGGUCCAGGACGUUCUGGACUCCGUGGGUUUCCAGCACGCUACCUCAGCAGAUCCAUUCCAUCCCUUCAGUCUGAAUAUGCUCAGUACUAAGGCUAUGGAUAUCCACUAAAGAAGAUUACAGCUGAUCUUCUGACCAUCGUUGGAUCCUCAAUUUCUUCACAAAGCUGCUAAAAUAUUAAAUAAAUCACACACUGG